CUUUUUUUUUUUUUUUUUUUUUUUUUUUUUAAUUAUUAUUAUUAUUAUUAUACCAAGAAAUGGUUUCUGAAAACAAGUUUAUAGCUAAAUUUACUGUUACUGAAGCAGUUGCAGUUCAACAAUUAAAGGAUGCUUUACCAGAUAUUUUAACAGAAGCCUUUGGCUCAAACGAUGUUUAUACCUUGUGGGGAGUUCCUUUAGACAAGUCUUCUGAUGAUGAACGUAUUAAAGUUAUUCUCAUCAAAUUCUUAAGAGCCAGAAAUAUGGAUCUUCCAGCAGCUAAAGAAAUGCUGAUAAAAAUGUUAAAAUGGAGAAAGGAAUUUUCAGCUGAUUCUCUCCUGGAAGAAGAAUUUGAUCUUACUAUCUUUAAUGAUAGCAUCGGGCUUUUAUAUAAAUCAGAUAAAGAAGGUCAUCCGGUUACUUACAAUUUUUAUGGUGGAAUCGACCAAGAAAAAGUAUUCGGCAAUAUAAAUAAAUUUAUUCGUUGGAGAGUACAGUUAAUGGAAAAAGGAGUCAGGCAAAUUGAUUUUGUUAAUACAGAUGCUAUGCUUCAAGUUCAUGACUAUAAUGGGGCUUCUAUCUUUGGUCGUACAGCAAAUACAAAGGAAGCAACAAAUAUUCUUAUUGAAUUGAUGCAAGAUAAUUAUCCUGAAUUCUUAUCCAGUAAAUUAUUCGUCAAUGUUCCAAGACUAGGAAGUUUGAUAUUUAAAUUACUUCGUCCAUUGCUUUCUGAAGCAACAUUAAAAAAGUUUGUAGUUUGUUCAAAUGCUGAAUUAAAUACUACUCUGCUUGCUUUUAUUGAUAAAGAGAAUUUACCGUCCAUUUAUCAAAAAUAA